CUGAGCGAACGGCCGUAGGGGUGAUGAAGGUGCGGCGGGCAAUGGUAGGCUGCUGGCGAGCAACGCGUGCGAGCGCCUGGCGCUAUUCCGGGUUAGCAGGUAUCGACAAUUGGGUGUCCAGAGGAGCGUACCGAGGCCCUGAUGGAUUGCGCGAGCAUGAUGUUGGAUGUGGAGGGGGUAGGAGCUGUCAAUGGAGCUCCUGCGUGCACUUCGGAGCCCUCACCUUCGAUUUUCCAUUAUGUAAGCUCACUAGCGCGGUUUGCGGCUUGGCGUUUGCUGCUGCCUUUCUUGCACUUUCAGCGCCUCAGCUCCCGCCUAGCAAGCAACCACACUCUCUCACCCCACCCACCCACGGUGUCAACCUCACCCGGAGCUUCCGAGAGCCAGCUAGAGCAGCUAGAUAAUCAAACGUGACUCUCAACAUGUCGUACGCGCCUAAUGGUCGCAUGCUCUCGCCGGGCGAGGUCUAUGAGGAGGCGCCAAAGCCUGUCAAGGAGGAAGAAUGGUCAGAGGACCUGAACGUUACCCUGAUGUGCCCCGACUGUCGCGAAAUGCCCCCAAAUCUUGUUGAAGAGUUCAGCGCCGGAGAUACUAUCUGUGGCUCCUGCGGUCGUGUUCUCUCUGAGCGCGGCAUCGAUACACGCUCCGAGUGGCGUACAUUCUCCAACGAUGACCAAGGCAACGAUGAUCCUUCUCGUAUCGGUGACGCCGCCAACCCGCUGCUGCGAGGUUCCCAGCUACAGACUGAGAUCGGUUUCGGCGACGGAGGUCUGAAAGUGCGCGAACUGUCUCGUGCUCAUAACAAGAGCAACCACGACAAGGGCAACAAGUCGCUUCAGUCUGCCUACGGCCAGAUUACCACGCUUUGCGACUCGCAAAAUAUCAGCAAGACCACCCAAGAUACAGCCAAGUUACUCUUCCGCAUGACGGACGAUGCGAAGUUGUUCAAGGGCAAGUCGCAGGACGCCAUCAUCGCCGGCUGUAUUUUCAUCGCCUGUCGACAGCACAACCAGAAUCGUAGUUUCCGUGAGAUCUUCAAGAUGACAAACGUGUCAAAGAAGGAGGUGGGUCGUACGUUUAAGGCACUUGAAGCAUUCCUCCAGAAGAAGCAAAAGGACAGCGGUGGCCCUCAGGUCGCCGGCAACGGUGCUGUUCUGGAUACCACCAACUUCUCCAAGGGCGGCAGCACCAGCGCAGAGACGCUUAUGCCUCGUGCCUGCGCUAAGCUUGACCUCGAACGUUUCAUCCAGCUCAUCGCCGAAGAGUGUGCACGUCUCGUCUCGGAUCACGGAAUCGCUGCUGGUCGUUCUCCUCUCUCUAUUGCUGGCGCUUGUCUCUACUUUGUCUCUCACCUCAUGGGCAAUCCUCGUUCACCCAAGGAGAUCGGCCAAGCCGUCGAGGUCAGCGACGGUACCAUCCGCACUGCCUACAAGGCCCUCUACAGCGCACAAGAUCAAAUCAUCAAGCCAGAGUGGCUCGAGGCCAGCAAAGGUGGCGACAAAUCGAGGCUUCCCGCCGUCUAGAGUAUGGUGGAUGGCUGGAGGGGCGACACGACAUGCCCUUGCAAUUCUCGUCUCAGCGAGUCCCCUGGAGUCUUUUGCUACCUGAAAACAAGAAAAUUUUGGUGGGCUUGAACCACCCAUCGGAGGAAGUUGUCUUUAUUUUUGUCUUUCUUUGCAUUACUAGCGAGCAUGGGACGGCGUUCAUGGGUGAGGCAACACAAAUUGGACAGUCUUGUGCUUAUAAUACCCCAUAGAAAGGCUUGAAAAUGGAAUCAUGGCGUUUGGGAAACCUUCGUGUAGUGCAUUGUCAUG